CUUAGCACAAUUGACUUCUGAACGGAGCACAAGAUGCGUUCAUAUUUGUGCUGCGCUUCUCUACUGACGGCUGUGAUGCUCUGUCUGGCCUACGAGGUACCCGAGGCUCGAGUAUCUGUGUUUCAUCCCAAAGGAUUUGAGAUAUCCAUUCCGCAUGAGGAGGGCAUCACACUUUUUGCUUUCCACGGCAAGGUGAACGAGGAGUUUGAUGGAUUAGAGGCAGGCACUUUGGCGCGUGAUAUACCCACUGCAAAGAACGGACGCUGGACAUUUAUGGAUCGUAGUACAGUAUUGAAGAUGGGUGACACAUUGUACUACUGGACCUAUGUAAUUCACAAUGGUUUGGGAUAUCGCUUUGAUGAUGGCGUUCAUGUAGUCACCGAGUUUACAAACAAAACAUAGCAGAUUAAACUUUUUUAUUAAUAGCUAUUGAAUUAUCUUCAAUAUGUGAAUCAUAAUUAAGUUGUUGUUUUUCUAUCUAUGGUGCUAAUCGAAAUUUGUGAAUUGCGUUUUCUUAUAUGAAUAAUAUAUACAAUUU